GGAAAAUGGGAUCGGAAAAGGACUCGGAAUCCCCCCACUCCUCGGUGAGCGGCAUUCCCAACCCCAAAUGCCGGGCACCGGGAAAACGCCAAGGACGCAUCUCCUUCCACAGCCUCUUCCACAGCAAACGGGGUUCCCGGAGCGCCAAAGCAGGAGCAGCCACCCCUUUAUCCCAGCUCCACAACCAACAGCAUCAACAACAGCAACUCGCCCCCCUUGUUCCCCCCGUAGUCUCUUCCACCCCCACCCCCACACCCGACCCAGCCCCUACCAACACCGCCACGGACGUUCCCCAGGGCCCAGCCACCGCUCAGACCUCCACCCCAGCAGAGCCCCUCUCUUCCAGCCGGACCUCCCUGGGUCCCCCCCAGUCCUCCAGCUCCACCACCUCCAGCGCCUCUCCUCCAGCAGACUUCCUGGAGUGCCCCCUGUGCCUGGUGCCCCAGCCCCCCGAACAGCUCCCCGAGUUGCUGGGCUGCAGCCACCGCUCCUGCCUGUGCUGCCUGCGCCAGUACCUGCGCAUCGAGAUCACCGAGAGCCGCGUCCACCUCAGCUGCCCCGAGUGCUCGGAGCGCCUGGCGCCUCAUCAGGUGGCGGACAUCUUGGGCGACGCAGCCCUGCUGGAGAAGUAUGAGGAGUUCCUUCUGCGACGCUGCCUGGCCUCCGACCCGGACUGCCGCUGGUGUCCCGCGCCCGACUGUGGGUUUGCAGUGAUCGCUUCGGGCUGUGCCAGCUGCCCCAGGCUGGUGUGUCGUAGAGAGGGCUGCUUGGCUGAGUUUUGUUACCACUGCAAGCAGGCGUGGCACCCCAACCAGACCUGUGACUCGGCCCGCCAGCAAAGGGCAUUCUUCCUGCACACGCAUAGCAACCACUCACCCAGCUACAUGCAGGAGCACGGGCCUGCUGAUGACAUCAAGCCCUGCCCACGAUGUGGCGCCUACAUAAUCAAGAUGAACGACGGCAGCUGUAACCACAUGACCUGUGCAGUGUGUGGCUGUGAGUUCUGCUGGCUCUGCAUGAAGGAGAUCUCUGACCUGCACUACCUCAGUCCAUCAGGGUGUACGUUCUGGGGAAAGAAGCCAUGGACUCGUAAGAAGAAGAUCCUGUGGCAGCUGGGCACACUGAUCGGAGCCCCGGUCGGCAUCACCCUCAUCGCUGGUAUCGCUGUGGCCUUGGCGAUGGUUAUUGGCCUGCCCGCGUCUAUGUGGGGCGGCCAGGGUGGGCAACCCGCUUAUGACGCCCCCCCCCCCCCCAGCUCACAUAUUCACGCCCAUUAUGACGGGAUGAAGACCAAUCGCCACAGGAGGAACCUGGCCAUCACAGGGGGAGUGGCCCUGUCAAUCAUCACAGCUCCUGUGAUUGCAGCCGUCAGCGUGGGUAUUGGUGUGCCCAUCAUGUUGGCGUAUGUCUAUGGAGUUGUGCCCAUAUCUCUGUGUCGUGGAGGAGGCUGUGGCGUAAGCCGAGGAAAGGGGCGUGGCAUGCGGAUCGACUUUGACGAGGACGAUGGUCCAAUCACAGUGGCCGAUGCGUGGCGGGCCCUCAAGUCCCCCAGCCUGGGUGAGAGCAGCCUGGAGGGGGCAGCCAGCGGCCUCAGCACAACCUCCCCCAGUGAUGGUCUCUCUGUGGCCCCCGGGGUCCUGGGGGACACCCCCCACUUUAACACUUUGGCCGGGGGCGCCCUUGGAGCCAGGACUGGCAAAUACAACAGGUUGGAGCUCCAGGGAGGGGAGCUGGGGAAGGACGGUGCCCACAGAGAGACAGGUAGUCUGGGAGCGGGUAGUGACUGUGCCAGCACCCGGGGCAUGGCAGGCUCCAUUAUCUCCUCCUACACACUACCUGACAGGGACUGUACUAACCUGGAGAUCCAGGUGGACAUCGAGACUAAACCCAGCCACCUCUGCUUGACCAGUGAGGAAGACCUAAACACGCCCCCUGCUGCUAUGGCAGCAUGCCCCGGCUCAGGGGGGGAGGAGCCUCAGGACUGCAGCUCCAGAAGGGGCGGGGCUCUGUUUGGCUCAGCACUAGGCCUGUCGCCAGGGGCGUCGCUCAGGGAGGGGCUUCGUGAUGUCACUUUGGCCCAGCCCGAGAGCAUCCGCAGCGACCUGGAGAUGUCCGAUACCCAAUCAGACGACAUCGCCGAGCUGACGUCAGACGACUGUGAUUCGCCUCAUCUCAAAAGCUGCCGGCCCUCUCAACCCCAGGCCACCUGCAGACCCCUUGUCACCUCCGACAGCCUGCACUGUCCCUCGGAUAACGUCAUCCUCUAUGUUUAAGAGUCCGACUGACUUUGAGAGCUCUCAAAGAUUGCACAAAUCCAAAAUGUUUUUGUUUUAGCUUUUCUCCAUUGAUUGAUUGAGCGUUUCAGUAAUUUUUUUGCUGCUUUUUUGUUUACAAAACAUCUGACCUGCAGACAACACAUAUCUACAUGUGUCUGUCUUUCUAUCAACAUGUCGAUCUCCUUGCAGAGAAUUGGCAGGGUUCUACCUCUGAGAUUUAAUACAACAAUUUUUGUUUACUUCUUGGUGCAAAAAUGCCUUGGCUACUUAAGCAAACUUUUUUUUUUUUAACAAGACAUACAGAUUUGCCACAAGAAACACUGCAAAGAAAUAGGAAACAAGGUGAAAUGUCACCAAGCACACCAAUGAGUGAAGGGUUGUGGGGAAUAGGGUUUGUACUAUGGAAAGGGGAUGUUUUUAGGGAUGUGAGUGUGGCAUUUGUACUGGACUGUAUUGGCUUGAUUUCCUAUUUUUUUUUCUAUUUAUAAUUGAAUGAUCUUGAAUGAUCUUGAAAUUGAA